UUAGGUGCAAGCAAGGUGGGUCAUCCGUUGGCAGUAUCUUGGCCGUUUCACAGAUCACGGUUCUUGCGGUACGAAUUAAGCCGGUAUUGGGCAGGCGGAACAUCAUCAAGAGAGACCGUACCGGUACUGUGUUAGUUAGUUGAGCCGACAGGGAGAGACCAUGAUGCGCCCUUCCUCCCAGGAAGUCACAAUCUCGACUCUGGUAAACCCAAAACGAAAGAAACAAAGAAAAUGUUCCGACAAUUAAUCAUCAACUCCCAAGCCCUUUUUGUGUUGGCGGCAGUUCUUUGUCCUCGUCAAGUUGGAGCUGUCUGCCUAUUGUGUGAAGACGGCGUGGAUGGCUUGAAGUAUCCAUUUGCUGUAAUCAAGUCAGAUGGGACAAGCUGCACAAAGCUAGCUGUAUCUGUUGCCGUAGACUAUGAGGAAGGUUCCAGUCAAUGUACCAAACAAAUCCAAGCUUGGCGGGAGAUAUGUUGUGGUGAUAAACAGCCGAUUGAUGUAGAUAUCACUGAUGUCUUUGAUGAGUAUCCUGAUAUUGACAGCAUCCAACAAGUUGGACCCUACGAAAAAUGCAACGUUUGUCGUGACGGAGAUUAUCCAUCCACUACAAGCAUGGUGCUGACAAUGCUGUAUAUAGGUAGUGGGAGCUGCGCUCAGUACUGGAAGGUUGGACAGCAGGGAUUGAUUCCAGAUCACUUGUGUGAUCCGCUGCAAUACUUUGCUUACGAGCCGUGUGGAUGUGGUGAGUUUUCUACCAAUGGAAACUACCACUGGAGCGAGGACUCCGAGGAUGAAAGCAGCAAUGACGACAAAACUCCUUGGUGGUCAAACGCUGAUUCUCUUUUUGGAGAUGAUCAAGUUGGCAACACGGAGGGCAACACGGAUGGCGACUGGUGGUCUGGAGCAGACUCUUUCCCCUCCUCUUCUGCAUCAUAUGCCAGUAGAACCUGGCUGUACGCAUCAGCCCACAUUGUUUGCUUGUUCAUCAUCUCCACGGGGUUCUUCGCCUCCUAGCUAGCCAAGGACAAGCAGGUCGCAGCCAAAGUAGUGACAACCAAAAGAAAGAAAUGAUUCCCACGGCACAGGGCGGCCAGCCAGAAGACGGAAUACAUGGCCGCUUCUACAGCAGAGAAAGAGUAUAUAUUAGAUGUAAUGCAAUAGACGAGUACUGUACUAG